UUUCUAUAGAUGAAGAUGAACAAUGUGAGUGAUGCUCAAAUUCUUAUAAUAGACGCUGGCGCACAAUAUGGCAAAGUAAUUAACAGAAAAAUAGAAGAACUGGGAGUAAAGACUGUAUUUCUGCCUCUCACCUCAACAUUUGAAACAUUAUCUCAAUACUCGGAAUCUUUGAAGGGUGUAAUAAUCAGUGGAGGUCCAGGAGUAGGGACCGCUGAGACUGCUGACCAGCUCAAGGAAACAGUAUUUAAACUCGAUUUUCCCAUUCUGGGGAUUUGCUUUGGGAAUCAGAUAAUAGCUUCCGCGUUUGGUUCCACCGUUGAAUCUACCCAAGCAAGAGAAGAUGGACAGUUUAGAAUAAGUGUCGACAUAUCUUCUCCGUUAUUUAGUGGUAUGAAGGAGGAACAGGAAGUUUUGGUAACGCACGGGUAUGGAAUCACUAAGUUGGGCCCGGACCUCAGAAUCAUUGCCACCUCUGACGGUCACAUUCAAGGCGUUCAGCACAACACAAAGGCAAUAUACGGUGUUCAAUUCCAUCCUGAAGUUGACCUAACUAUUCACGGUCGGGAAAUUAUGAGGAACUUCUGUUAUAAGAUUUGUGGCAUUGCUAUCAGCGAUGUUAUGAAGAAUCGUCAGGCGUUAUGUUUGGAGGAUAUACGGAGUAGUGUUCAAGACAGAACGGUGCUGGCUCUCCUGAGUGGCGGUGUUGAUUCUACUGUCUUAGCUGCACUCCUCACUAAAGCACUAGGUGCUGGACGUGUCCUAGCUAUACACAUUGACAAUGGGCUGAUGCGUAAGAAUGAGAGCACUCUGGUGGUCAAAGCGCUGAAGGCCCUCGGUCUUGAUGUAAAACGUGUUGAUUGCGCGUAUAGGUUCCUAAACGGUAAGACGUGGGUGCACCUGGAGGGAUGUAAGAACGCUCAGCUGAGUGAGUGUUUGAACACUGUGGUGGAUCCUGAGCAGAAGAGGAGGAUCAUUGGAGAUGUCUUUAUGCAGAUAAUGUCGGAGUUGCUAAACGAUCUUGACAAAGACAAGUUUGUUCUGGCUCAAGGAACCUUAGCUCCUGAUCUUAUAGAGUCCGGGUCUAAACUAUCCUCUUCCAUGGCUGACACCAUUAAAACUCAUCACAAUGACAGUCCUCUUGCUAGGGAGUUCAGGAAUGCGGGGAAAAUAAUAGAGCCUCUGAGAACAUUUUAUAAGGAUGAGGUUAGGGAACUAGGGAGAGAAUUGAGCCUUCCAGCUGAACUAGUUAACAGACACCCUUUCCCAGGUCCAGGUUUGGGUCCCAGGAUAAUAUGCCAGUUGGACCUUUACCCUUGGUAUUUGGAGAAUUAUAACGACUUUAACAACCGACUCAACCUUAUCUGCUCCUAUCAUCGACUUCGAACCACUCAAUCUCAGAUGUUAAAUAGCUUAGAGGCCCAGCUGACGGACGCUAAGAGGGAAUUCCUGAUCAGUUUAAAGGACCAUCCUAGAAUAUACCCAGUGUUACUGCCCGUCAGAACUGUGGGGGUACAGGGUGACGGGAGGACGUACAGUUACGCUGCAGCCUUCAGUUGUGAAACAGGAGCUCAAGUUAAGUGGGAUGUCCUCAGUCAUCUCACGAAGCUAGUCACAAUGCUCUGUCCUAAUGUUAACAGAUGCUGUUUCGUGUUCGGUGACAAGAUUGAGGGACCAGUACGUGACAUAACACCAACACUCCUUAACCCCGGUGCUAUCUCUAGACUCAGGGAAGCAGACAGUGCCGCUAUGGACAUGUUGAGACAGCACGACGCUCUGAAACUGGUCAGUCAGAUGCCAGUAGUGCUCCUUCCUCUCCACUUUGACCGAGCAAGUCGUCAUGACCCCUCGACAAAGCACUCGAUAGUUCUUCGGCCCUUCGUUACCUCGGACUUCAUGACAGGCUCAGCAGCUAUACCUGGCAAACACAUACCUGAACCUGUGGUGAACGACAUUGUAGCUGCAGUCAGUGGAGUGUUGGGUAUCUCUCGAGUAAUGUACGAUCUGACAGAUAAACCCCCUGGUACCACCGAGUGGGAAUAGUCUCCCCACUCCUGCGACCACCUGCACUCGCAAAUAUACGCAAUCGUGAAACUAUGCACUCGCGAAAACAUGCACUUGCGAAAACGUGCACUCCUUGCAAAUCUGUGGACUCGCUUGAGUGUUUCAGUAUUAUUACUGUUUAAAGCAACUAAUUUGUUCUUGGAAUCGUUGGAUUAUAUUAUGCCUACCGGAAAUGUAUGUUUACUUUUGGGGGUUAACUUAUAGGUAUCUUGUUGUAUAAAAUGGGUAAACUUUGCUUUUUCUACGAGAAAAGGAUUAUUUGCAAUAUGAAUUAGUGAAAGUUCACGCUCGUCGGGUAGAUGUGUCAUCCCUCAUGUUGACAAUUCAUCGAAAACUAUUUUGAAUGUCAUAAUUUGGGGCGAAAGUUCUAGAUACAUAUAGGACUUAUUUCUCAUUGAUUCCCAUUUGAAAUUCUUUUCUUUUCUUCUGCUACCUCCUGAACUUUGGGUGGUAUUGACCUGACACAUUGGGAUACUUGGGAUAAUUGGGAUAAUUGGAAUAAUUGGGAUAAUGGGAUACUUAUAGGGUUAAUGCUUAGACCGAGUGUGAAGAUAUGGUGCAGGACAGCGUGAAUUUAUCACUGAUCCAGUCUAGAGUUGUGAAAUAGCUUUGUUUUGAAAAGUGGCAUGUUAAUGGUUUCCUAUGAAACUUAACAAAAUCCAAGCAUUUGCGAUUAUGUUAUUCACAAGAUUGAACCCCGAAUGGAUAAUGAAUUGCUAAGUUUUCUGAUUUGUAGCUUAUUGUUUUUGUAAAAAGUGUGUUACCGCUUGGAUUUUGUUGUUGAUAUCGCAAAGAAUUACAGGAUUGUCGAAACAUACUAAUCUACGAUUAUUUCCUUCUUUGCACAAUUUGUAUUUUCUGGAAAAACUAGAUUCCAGAAGAUGUAUCGAGUUUGUACCGAAGAAAAAAAAGAGGUAGAAUUAACCAUAUUUUAAGCGCCCAUGUGCUCCGUGUUUUAAGUUUCACGGCGUUCGAUUCUAGGUAUUUUAAGUCGUUUUGACACGAGCAGUUGCCUUAUAAUAUUAAUACGCAUUUGUUAUUACGACGUUUA